CAAUGCUAUAAAUAUAAUUUCCUGCUUUCCACAAGCCAUGUUUUCUUGAUAUUUUCAGUUCAAGUGACGGGCAGUAUUAGGUCGGAUCAAAGUUACUCUUUAGUUAGUGCAGUCUAGUCUCCUCACUCAAGGAGAAUAUUAAACACAAUUGCUAAUAACUGACAUCCAGGUUGAUUAACCGUGCGUGGAUCAUAAAAAGAGUGGUCACAUAGGGACAAUCGCUAAAGGUGGAAGUAUCCUAACUUUGGUAUUCAAGUAUACCUACCUCUAACAACGCAUUAGUGCAACACUGUUGUUCUUUUACAACAAACUGCCAAAGAACAAAAAGCACCUACUGCUCGCGGAGAUGAGGUUCACAAGAUGCAUCACGAUGAUACAGUUUGAAAUGCUACUGAACGUCAUCUUUGUUGCAGGUGGUGAGGAAUCCUGUGCUGCAGCCCUUAAUGCAUCUAUGCCAAACAAGAUGGAGGCAUUGAGCGACACUUGUUUGCAAAUUCCAUGUUCAUUUCAUUUAGAACAAUCAAAUCCACUUGAUAAACACAAAACCUUUAUUGGUUUAUGGCUAAAAUCGACUCACCAUUUUGGGCCUCAUCCAGAAAGUGUGGUUUUUAACGGCAGCAAAACCAAUAAUAAAUAUCCAAUUAGUAUCAUUGGGAAUAUGACAGAAUUCAACUGCACAACCGUUUUUACAAACAUGAACUCAAGUUAUGCUGACACAUAUUACUUCAGAGUUGAAAGAAAUUUCAGGGCAACUGACACCUGCAAUUCUCUUACGAUCACAGUUAAAGGUAGGAGAGCCCUUUUGGUUUAGGGGUUCGUUUUUUGAUUACUGUCAUUAUUAUAGUUGUUUGUAUUCCUAUUUUAAUGUUAUUACAGGGUUCCUGCACAUUUUCCAUUUCAAAAUUCCAUACUUUUCCAGACUCAUAUUUCCAGACUUCUCUGAGGAUUUUCAGUCAAUAUUAAACAUCCUAAUACCAAUUGUUAGAUGCUCUUAUGUAAAAAAAAAAACGUUGAGCGGCUACCGCUAGAUGCUGUGAAGACACGACAGCUCUUUUGCGCCUGCAUAUGGCUUAAAUUUGCCGCCUCCCCCAUGUUGGAGAUGUCGAAAAAUUUCAAGCAUAGUUUGCAUCUAGCUUUAUCUUCCCACUUGGUAUCCUUCAUCAAGUCGCACAGUCGUGUGGCGAAAGUUAACCAUGGUAACCAGAUACCGUUCUCAAGACAGCUUGAGUAGUUUCAUAUCAUCGACAGGUAGGCUAUGUUGCGUUAGUAAGCUUGUUUUGAUUUGUAUGCAUUAAUAUAUUUUAUUUUAGAUAAUGAGAUAAUAGUCUGGAAACAACACAAACAUUUUUCACUACUCUUUUCUCAUAUCUAUACUUAUCCAGACCUGGAAAUUACUCAAAUCAAAUUCCAUACUGCGUAGGAACCCUGUUAUUAUGAUCAUUCAUCAUUUUUCGGCUACUUCCUGAAUAGGUAGACAUACUUGUUCUCCUCGUCUAGAAUUUAAGUAUCGUUACCACGUAAUUGUAGUUUCCCUUUAAUGAAUGUUUUAACAAUUUUUCAUGGUAGUGUCAUAUUGUAAUAAUACGUAUUAAGGACUUUGGGUUGUGGCACAAUUCGUUUCCCUCCCCAUGAUUAUUCUUCCCUAUGGAAUACACUGGUCAACACUGAAGAUGCUGCAUUCAUUCAUGUGGAUAUUGAAGCUACAUUUCAGCCUAAUGCAAAUGUUUCUUGAAAACAACCACGUAGAUUCAGCCCCAGAACCCUCCAUACAGACCCUCCAGGAGGGACCACUAACGGAGGGGAGCAGGGUAACGUUCACCUGCAGGGCCAUCGCACCCUGUCCCACCCAGCCGCCUCACCUGAGCUGGAACCAGUCAGGAGGCCCUGAGGGCCGGCCGGAACCUUACGGAGACCAAGAGCCUAACGUCAGGACCCGGGGGCUGAAUAUCACUCUGUCGGACCGACAUGACGGGGUCCGCCUCACCUGUCUGGCAAAGUAUCCCGUGAACAACUCGGCAGACGGGCCCAGCAUCAGAACAGCAGAGAGCGUCGUGACACUCAACGUUUCCUAUUCCCCGAAGGAUACCCAGGCCUCCGUCAGCCCCCCCACGGUGUCGCUGGGCAGUGUGGUCAACCUGACGUGCACCAGCAGAGCCAAUCCCCCCGUUCUCCGGUUCACCUGGUUCAGGAGCAGUGCGGAGGGACCCCUGAACGUGCCAGAUGGAUCUUUGUACAGCUUCAAUGUGUCCAGCUACAGAGACAUCUACUACUGCGUGGCCACGAAUCCCUUGGGAAACCAAACAUCAAAAGAGAUUACGCUAACUGUCAGCGGUAAAAGCGAUGGAUUGAAUGUCCCUCUGAUAGUUGGUGGAUUCUUUGGAACCGUCUUCUUUAUUGGUCUGAUCAUCUCUGUCCUGUGGUUACUGAAGAAGCCUUCAACUCGGCAACAGGUCACGUAUUCAUGUAUCAAUGCUCAAAAUCCAAUAUGUGAGGCGCCAGACAAGCAGGAGGAAGAGGAGAUCCACUACGGAGAGAUCGACUUUGCCAAGCGAGGUGCUGUGCAGAACCCAGACCUGGUGUUCCCCCAGGGGGAGGAGCAGACCUCAGAGUACGUUGAGAUCACUGCUCAACAGGCCAAGAACACACAGAUCAGGGCUGAACUGGAGAGGAGCUGAAUAGUUUGGACUGGGAUCUCUUUAGUAUUCACUUAUGUCAGUGUAAUCAUAUCCUGCUUAAGCAUCUAUGGCUUUCUGCAAAACGUUUCUGCUGCAAAGAAACACCAGACUGCUCUUCAUUCAAUUUUAAGGGACACCUCAAGAUAAAAUGCUGCGAUAGGAAUACAUAUGCAAUGCAUUGUAUGAAGCUGGCAUAGUAUGCAAAUGAGUCAUAAAUACAAUUUAAAUGAAAUCAUCCAAUCCAACCCUUUUCCAAAAAUGCCCCCUCUAUAAAGUGAACAAUAUUUAAACGUAAAUAAGUGGGCAGGAGAAACUCCACCCAUUGGAGAGCGAGUAUGUCCACAGGGGACGAGGAUGUGAUGUGAAGGGUGACACAGAUUAUAAAGUUCAGCCAGUUACCCAAUGGGUGGAGUUUGUCCCACCCACUCAUUUGUAUUUUAAUAUUGUCUACAUUGAAGCGUGCCAUAGUUGGAAAAUGCAAACCAAAUUGCUUUAUUUUUUAUUUGGAUAUUGUCCACAUUUAAGCAGACAUGUUUUAAAAUGCAAAGAGAUAGCAUUUUAAUUGUAUAUCCGACUCAAAUAAUGUGUGCAUGUUCUGAAAAAUAAAAAGCAUUAGUUCUAUUGCAUUUUCAUCUUCAA